AUGACGCAUGCCCGGAAGCAGCAGUUUUUCCUCCUGAACCAUCCAGCUAGGUCUGCUGGGCGAGCGCCGGCGCCGCUGCCACCAACGGGCCACGCGACGAUGGAGAGGGCGGAGGCCAAGGGCAGCGAGCGAAGAGACCGGGAGGCUCUGAGCUGCACUGGGGCCGCAGGCAAGGGACGGAGCCCGCGGGAGAUCCGCAAGACGUACCCACUGCGCAGGCGCCUCCUGCCCACUGUGGACAAGAAGACCUGCAAGGUGCUCCUCACCCGGCUUGAGGAUGUUGCCGGAAAGCUGUCCAGGGAAAGCCGGAGCUGCCGGAGAAAGGAGCUGCCCGGCUGGAUGGAGGGCUUGGGACCCGCCUUCUUCUCUGAGCAAGCGCUGGGAGCRGGAAGGAGCAAUUCCACCGCAGACCAGAGCGUGGAGCGAGGGCCAGAGGCUGCCCCCACAACGCCCCGCAAGCGGAGGCUGGCCUCACUCAACGCGGAGGCGGUCAACAAUGCACUCUUCGAGCGCGACGAUGGCCCCUUGUCUGGCAGGCGUUUUCGGAGGGAUGCUACCAAGGCUGACGGGGACGGCGCGGCGAAGGGCGUGCGCCUCCAAGCAGCUGGCGAGUGGCCCGCGGCGGAGAAGGCUGCCGGGAAGGCAGGGAAAGGGAAGAGCCGAAACGAGCCCCGGCAGAAAUGCGACGGCUGCGACCAUGCGCUGGACGAGGCCUUCGAUGGGACGAAGCAGGAGGACGGCGCCGUCUCCUACCAUCCCACCCCAAAGAGACUGGCCAGCCUCAAUGCUGUGGCCUUCCUGAAGCUCACCCAUGAGAAGGAGCAGCCUCUGAAGCAGAGGAAUAAAUCGGAGGGCGAGGGCAAACCAGAGAACCACUGCUCCAAGUCGACGCUCAAGUGGGCCAAACCCACCAGGAAGAACUGCGUCAAAGCCAAGAAGGAGAUGUCUAGCUUGAAACUGGAGGGCCAGCAGGGCUGGCGGAGCCUUGCGCUAGGUACUUUUGGGAAGGCAGACGGGCGGGAUGUCUCCAGGCUCUACGGGACGACGGAGCCUCUGCAGUACGAAUCGCUGUCCAGCUCCUAUGCCAGCACGGAAGGUUUCUACCACAGACUGCCUUUGCUCAUGGGUGGCCAAGCUUCCAUGAAGCCGGAGUACGGAAGACCUGGAGAGAAGUCGCCCACCCCCAAGCAGGAAUUUCACCAACCUUCCUUCCCAGUGCAGCAGUUCCCUCCCUUACCCGUGCCAGGGAAUCACGCAGACUGCGGAUGCCUCUACGAGUCCUCGGAUGUGACCCCGUUGAAUGGGUUCUACGUUUAUUAUGGCCAAAGCGGAUACAGUGGCUACUCCCACUGCUCGGUUUACCCCAAGGACGAGCUGACGCAGCCGGCUGCCUGCGAGGGGCUCCUGGUGGCCCCGGGCUCCUUGCCCUCGGGUGCUCCUUUCCAGCCGCUCCACUGGUGUAGCUCCCCGUACUGCUGCGGAGAAGGGCCCGCGCUUGGCAGCUAUGGUGUCUGUGGAGUGGUGCAUGUGCCAGAGGGCAGGCUGGGCAGCAUGCACGCGGGCCGCAACGGCUACCCCUACAAAAUGCCUUUUGCAGCAGAAGGCUGCAAGUCUCUGGACCAGCUGAACCUCACGAUCCCUGUGGCAGGGCACCCCGCGUCGCCUGCCCACCCGCUCUCAGGAUGUCCUGUGCCCAGUGUGCCACCCGCCGCCGAACCUGUUCCUCACCUGCAGACGCCCAACUCUGACCCCCAGACCAUGGCCCGGGAAUGUCCGCAGAGCUCCAAGCCGCCUAGCGGCUCCAGAUCCGGCCUCCGGAACAGCCCGGGCUGCCUCCACGUGCCGGAGAGCAAGGCGGCCGUGGGCCAUUGCCACCCGAAGCAGCAGCGAAUUAGCCGUCGGAGAGCCACCAAUGGCUGGAUGCCUGUGGGCACAGCCUGCGAGAAGGCUGUAUACGUGGUGAAUGAGCCCGAGCCGGCUGUUCGCAAGAGCUAUCAGGCUGUGGAGAGAGAUGGGGAGAUUAUCCGGGUACGAGAUACAGUCCUCCUGAAAUCAGGCCCCCGGAAGAAAUCUAUGCCGUAUGUUGCGAAGAUCUCGGCCUUGUGGGAAGACCCCAAAACAGGGGAGCUGAUGAUGAGCCUCCUGUGGUAUUACAGACCGGAGCACACUCAGGGAGGCCGCAACCCCAGUAUGCACCAGAAUGAAAUCUUUGCGUCCCGGCAUCAGGAUGAGAACAGUGUUGCCUGCAUAGAAGAGAAGUGCUACGUGCUGACCUUUGCAGAGUACUGCAGAUUUUGUGCCUUGGCAAAGCGUCGCGUCGAAGGGAUCCCAGGCAGGAAAACUGUAAUGGUUCCUCCCUCGGAGGAGUACUCCACACCUCUGCACCGCAAGGUGCCCGAGGACACUGACCCCGAGCUGGUUUUCCUCUGCCGCCACGUCUACGACUUCCGACACGGGCGCAUCCUGAAGAACCCGCAGUAGCACAAGGACUGGGACGGCACCGCAGUGAGGGUUGCGGGGUGCUAGCAGGGCUGACAUGGCAGCGUUGUGACCCGGGACAUCUGCGCGCUCCCAGCAACUCGUGCCACUCACCUGGGCCCCGGCACCAUUUCCUUGGACCGAAGGGCGCACACAGGAGCGGAUCCCUGUGGAGGAAGGCAGCAGUUCAAAGCACAGCACU